CUCCCGCGGGCGGGCGGCGGUGACAUUGGGGAGGAGGAGAGCGGGCUGCGGGGAGACGCCGCGCGGGGGAGCGGGCAGGAAGGGAGGCUGCUCGCCCAGCUCCGCUCCUGCUGCCGGGCUGCCGGCCCCGGACUAUAAAUAGCCGGGACACAGGCGCGCAGAGGCAGAGGCAGAUCGGCGCUGCCCGGCCAGAACCGAGAGAGAGAUGGUGCCGUCUGAAAGGAAAUCUGCUUUUUCUAAUGAAAAAUAAGACCAAGAGUUCUGAAGCUUAUGAAGUGGUAAUUCUGGAGCGGUGCUGGAUUGUGGAGUUCAGGAAUAAAAAAGUUGUUUCAAUAAUUCUCAAGUUUCAGAGUGGAGAACCAGAUCUUUACCUUGAAGCUGCAUCAAAGGCUGACUGUGAAUCUUGGGCUGUGGCUCUGGGAGAAGCAAACUCAGAAGGUUUGCACAACAAAAUUCAGCAACUCCAGAGGUUGAUCAUGGAAAUCAAAGAGGAGAGAACCUCAGAUGAAGCGCAACAAUUUCUCUCUCCAGUGCAGGCAGACAACCUAGGAGAGUUGCAGUUUACAAGUAUUCAAAGGAUUGCAAAUGAGCCAAAGCUGGAAUUCAGCGUAGCAUGCAAGGAUCUAGUGUCUACUACCCGUGACAGGAAGCUGAAUACAUUUGUACAGAUCUCAGUGGUACAUCCAGCAGAACAGACUUUGACGAGAUAUUCAAAUACUGAAAUCGUGGAGGGAACAAGAGACCCACUGUUUUUGACUGGUGUGACGUUCCCACCGGAAUACCCUGUCUAUGAGGAGACUAAAAUAAAACUAACGGUCUAUGAUGUCAAAGAUAAAUCUCAAGACACAGUCCGCACCAAUGUCCUCUCUGAAAACAAGGAGCCAAGAACAGAUGCUGGGCGAAGUUUCCUGGGCUGCACUACUUUCAAAGUAGGGGACUUGGUCAAAUCAAAGGAGCAGCAGUUGACCCUUAGCCUGAGGACUUCUGAUGGUGGAAAAACAGUGGGUACCAUAGAAGUCAGCUUUGUGAAGAUGGGAGAGAUAGAGGAUGGGGAAACGGACCACAUCACAACAGAUGUGCAGGGACAAAAGUGUGCAUUGGUUUGUGAAUGUGCAGCCCCUGAAACUAUAAGUGGUAAAGACAACUUACCUUUGUUAAAUGCAGUGUUAAAAAACCCAAUCUGUAAAUUAUACAGAUUUCCUACUUCUGACAACAAGUGGAUGUGUAUUCGAGAACAAAUGGCUGAAACAACUCUUUCUUUCCAUGUUCCCAAGGAACUGAUCAACCUGCACAUAAAGGAGGAUAUGAGAAGGAAUCAAGAACUAAAAGAGUUGGGGGAACUUGCUCCUCAUUGGGACAACAUGCGUAAAAGUGUAAUUGCGCACUGUGAUCAGAUGUUGAACAUGUACCAAGACACUCUUGCAGAACUUGGGAAGCACACAGGAUCUUCCUUCAAAUCAAGCUGUAGUAAAGGAGAAAAGACACUAGAAUUUGUUCCAAUAAAUCUCCAUCUGCAGAGAAUGCACGUGCACAGUCCUCGGUUGAAAGAUUCUCUGUAUGAUGUCAUCACAGUGGGAGCCCCUGCAGCACAUUAUCAGGGAUUUAAGAAUGGUGGCCUUCGGAAACUGCUGAAUAAAUUUGAGGCAGAAAGGCGAAACACUGGGUACCAGUGUAUUUAUUACUCACCUGAAAACACAGCCAAGGCAAAAGAAGUUCUCAGCAACAUCAAUCAUCUGCAACCUCUCAUAUCAAGCCAUGCAGACCUGCUGCUUAAUUCUGCAAGCCAGCAUUCUCCAGACAGCUUGAAGAAUUCUUUAAAGAUGCUUUCUGAAAAAACAGAGUUAUUUGUGCAUGCAUUCAAAGAUCAGCUGAUCAGAAGUGCCCUUUUAGCACUAUACACAGCCCGUCCAGGUUGUGUCCUAAAGAAACCAACUGUGCCCAGGAACAGUGUGGAAGAGGGUGGUGAUUCACAGCAUCAGGACCAUCCAUCUCAGAUCAAAAGGCAGGACUCUAUACCUCACCACUCAGAAUAUGAUGAAGAAGAGUGGGACAGGGUGUGGGCCAAUGUGGGGAAGAGUUUAAACUGUGUUAUUGCCAUGGUGGACAGACUGCUUGAAAAAGACAACAGCGGCAAUGUGAAAGAAGGUGAAAUUGCCCCUUCCCCAGCAGAUCGCAUGGUAUCUCAUACAGGUGGUGACUGGUAUGAGCAGCUUUAUCCUCUUGUGAUUACUCUGAAGGACUGCAUGGGAGAGGUGGUAACAAGGGCAAAGCAAUCAAUGACUUUUGUUCUGCUUCAGGAACUUGCAUGUGGUUUGCCACAGUGUUUAAUGCUGACCCUAAGAAGAGAUAUCGUCUUUAGUCAAGCACUUGCAGGAUUGGUCUGUGGGUUUAUAAUCAAAUUGCACACAAGCUUACAUGACCAAGGCUUCCUACAACAGCUUCAUACUGUUGGUUUGCUUGUGCAAUAUGAAGGACUUCUCAGUACAUACAGUGAAGAAAUUGGAAUGCUGGAAGACAUGGUUGUGGGCAUUUCAGAUUUACAAAAUGUAAUGUUUAAAAUCAUAGAAGCCAAAUCAGAUGAUUUCUUGCCUAUUAUAACUGGAAGGCGAGAACAUUAUGUAAUAGAAGUCCAGCUUCCAGCAAAGAUGUUUGAGUUGCUGCCACAAGAGAUUAAAGAAGGAAAGCUGCUCCAUGUGUACCCAGUGCUCUUUAAUAUUGGAAUCAAUGAACAGCAAACGCUUGCAGAGAGGUUUGGAGAUACCACUUUGCAAGAGAAUGUUAACCAGGAACAUUUUGAACUUCUUAAGGAAUAUUACACAUUGUUUACUGAAAAAAUGCCUCCUGAUUGCUUACCACAUUUUCAAGAACAAAAAGACUUAAAAGGAUUACUAGAAAAUCUCCAUCAAAAUAUCCAGUCCAAAAAAAGAAAGAAUGUAGAAAUCAUGUGGCUGGCUGCAACGAUUUGCCGCAAACUAAAUGGCAUCCGUUUCACCUGUUGUAAAAGUGCCAAAGACAGGACAUCUAUGUCAGUGACACUAGAGCAGUGCUCAAUCUUGAGAGAUGAACAUCAGCUGCACAAAGACUUCUUUAUCCGGGCACUGGACUGUAUGAGAAGAGAAGGAUGCCGCAUAGAGAAUGUACUGAAGAAUAUCAAAUGCAGAAAAUAUGCAUUCAACAUGAUACAGCUGAUGGCUUUCCCAAAGUACUACAGACCACCAGAAGGGACAUAUGGAAAAGCUGACACCUAAGUUUACAAAAAUGUAAUCAGGAACACACAUCUAUGCUAAUUAGCUAAUAUAAAAUUGCUGUUUGUGUAUCAUGAAUUGGGAAUGUGUAACAAAUCUAGGAAUUAACUUCGUCAGCUAUCACCGCAUCUAUUUUAAGUUAUAAAAACUAGUCAGUCGCUAUGAAAGAAAGCACAACUAACUAAAUAUGGUCGGUUGAAUGUUCUCAAAACCAAAUAAUAUGCAGUCCUUCUGUGUCAGGGAUUAAGUUAACCAGAUCAAAUAAGCUAAGAAGAAAUCAGGUCUCAUGAAUUUUUGGAUAGAAGAAAAAAUGAUGUGGAUUGCUGCAGGAUCUGAUGUUAGUGAUUCAAAGGGCGGCAGGCACGGUGGUGGUGGUACUUGGCCCAGUACCUGAGAACUCUGUGAAGAGGCAAAAUCCAGUUGGUUGUGCUCUUCUCAGUCAAGGGUAAAAUGCAUGUCUUGGCUGCUUAUGGUCAAAACCCCACAGAGCUCUCUUCCAGAAAUGCUGAUCUUAGUCUCCCAGUCAAAAUUAUGUUGGUAAUUAUAUUUUGCUUCUCUAUAGAAGCUUGGUAGUUACAUAAUGUAAUUUUAGUAAUUACAGCAUGUAAUUUGCUAAUUACAUUCUUCUCCUCUGUAGUUUCAUUUGGGUGUAUUAUUCUUUGCUGUCUGUACCCAUGCCAAAUCCUAUUCAUUUUACUUAAAAAUUAGUCUCAUUGGAGUCAGAUUAUUCAUGAGUAAAGUGACCUGAAUUUGACCCAUAUACUCAGUGUUGCUGUGAUCAGUGAAACCUCAGUUCUAGCUUCAUUUUAACAGUAGUUAAAGUGAUUUCUGUAUAUCACUCAAUCCAGAUCUUUUGGAUGAAAAAAAACUGUAUACCUGUAAGAUUGUAUUAUUUUUAUAGCACAAAACCCAACAUAAGCAUAAAAAUCAAUGUAAAUACUCCUUAACCUGUGCACUAUGACUGAUUAGGUAUGACAGCUGAUUAUAUAUCACAUACAUGGACACAAUGCUUUAAAAGAUGUAUUUUCAGUGUUGACUGAGAAUUCUAGUGCUUUUCUCAAGUUGUGUCAUAUUUAUUGUGUAGCUGUCAUUUGGGUUUUUAGUUGCAUCAGAUUACUCCCUCUCCCCAACAAAAAAAAAAACACAUUAAUUCAAAGAUUAUUAACAUUUAUAUAGACCCUUCAUUUAAGGUAUAAACAGGUUAGGAAAGGAAGAAAAUAAUUUUAUCCAAGUGAAACCACAAUGGAAAUUAAAAAUUCUUUGGAAAAAUAUAAUUAGCAGAAUCAAAAUUUAGUGAAGACACAAGCUAAUGAAUUUCUGCUGUUAUAGAAACCACACAAAUGCUAAUGCACUAGGAACUGUUACCGUAUUUGUUUUAAUAAAAAUACAUACUCAAUAGCCUGAUCCUGCAAAAUAUAAAUGUGUAAUGUUAUGGAAAUGAACUGCUAUGUGAGUGGAGUUACACAUGUCAACAUGUUUGCAAGAUCAGGUCUCUGGGCAAUUAGUAAAACAUAGGGAAUGAAUUCCUGCCCCAACUCUUGGGGACAUCAUUGAGCUUGGACUUCAUCUGUCUAAUGUAUAUACAUGAUGAACAGCUUUUUCAAAGCAAGUGAUACUGAUAUUUAAAUAUUUUGGUAAAUUGGUUUACUCACAUUUUAUGGCUCCUUUUGAGGGGUCUUCUUCUGUCAUAAGAUAUAGAAGUUGUUUUUUUCUCUUCAUGUGAGACCACAAAAGAGCCUUUGCAGUUGUUAUAGAACCUUCCAUAAAUACAGUAAAUACAGUACAUAGUUAAGAUUGGGCCGACAUAAACCAAAGGGAUUUUCUUUUUAGUACUAUGUAAUUUAUUAAAAGAGGUGGCCAUUACAGUCUGUCAUGUAAAUCUGUAUUUGUAUAUGGAUUAACCAUUAUGACCUGAUCUGUUUGUUACUUCUAGGUUUAUUGAACUGAUGGCUUCCUAGGAACAAUAUAGUCUAUGCUGUGAAUCUGUCACAUUAACACUCCGCAUCUUUUUUGACAUGUUUACUAUAAAAAGGUGACUGGAUGUGCUCACUAAGUGUGUAAAACUGCAUUUCUCAUGCAUCUCUGGAAAAAAAAAUCCCAUGGAAUUAAGAAAAGAAUGAGAGAUUUUUUACACUGUUUUCAGAUCAAUCUGCCAAAUUCUGUGGCAAGGUAAAAAUAUUACAGGUUUUAGAGUGGUUUAUCUAAAGCACCAUUCAUUUUAUCUAAAUUAAAGUCCACAGAAUUUUCCCCCUCAGAAGAAAUAAUUCAGGGCCUUUCCUUUUGUGAUCUUUCCUCAACAUUUGGGACCUAAAUUAUCCUUACAAAAUAAUCAUAUUCUGUUUGGCUACUUUAAGCAGAAGAGCUAUAUGAGUCAUACUUGUACAGGCAGAAUUUUGAAGUACACGCAUUUUUCUAGCCUUUCUCAUCUUAAAUAUGCCAACAGCGCAUUCUUUUGAAACUUAUGUUGCCAAUCAAUUCUCAAUAUUCCAAGACAAUAUUAAAAGAUGUUUCAGUGAAACACAACUUUGUGCACAUGAUGGUAUCUAGGCUGUCCGGGAGAGAAUAAAUAUUACUUUGUAAUCUGACAAGGUUGAAGCUUUGCAUGCCAGGUUUUUGACUGAAACACAUUUUUACAGAUUAAUGAUAAGCCCCCUGUAAGAAAUGCUAAUGCAGUUUUCAAGCUUAACAUGAGCACUGCUGCUUCAGUACGUUCAUGUGAAAUAUUUGCACUGCUAUGGAUUCCAAGGGGUUUUGUGGCCUCUAAUGGUUUUGCCAGAUAAAUAUUUGUCCCCAAAUUUGAGUGGCCAAGUAGUCAUAAAUGCCAAAUUUAAGUAUUUUUUUCUUUUUUUAACACAAGUAAUCCUAUGCAACUACCUGGUGGUUGUAGCUCCAAGAAUUGCAUGCCUCCCUGUCCCAAUAGAGGACAUGCAAAAGCCCCCAAGACCACUUGUAAAUUUAGCAGAGGAUUAGUAGUCCCAAAAGCCUUGAGCAAAUGCUUUGCAAUGGAGUAAUCCAGGCCAAGUGGAUUUCCAUGGGUGAACUACGUCUAUGAUAUUUGCCAAUGUAUUAUUGAAGAAAACAUGGCAGGUCUUAAUGGGAGACUCACAGACCAUGCUCUGAUUUUGCACUGUAUUAACUUUUGUAAGGUCUGAAAAGUUCUGUCUUGAGAUCUGAACAAUCUUUCAAGGGGUAGAAAACAGCCAUAUUGGAAUAAAUAUAUGGCAUUUAUAGCCAAAACCAGCUUGCUUUCUUCAGGCCAACACUUUACUUAAAUCACUGUUGCUACUUGUUUGAGUAAAGUCAGCAGGAUAUCACUUGCUGAAGUCUGAACAAAGGUGCUUCCCACUUUGAUGUUUGUUUAGUGUAUUGUUCCGUAACUGUAUAUAUUUUAUACUAUAGCUAAGUGUUAACAUAGCAAACCAGUUUAGCUUUUCCUUUUUUCUUACAAUUUAUAGAAAACCACAUUGUAAUAUUUUUGCAGUGAUAACUGUAAAAUUGUUAUACUGUGUAAUAAAUGAAGAAAUGACAUUGUCAUACAGGCAGGUUUUUUCUUCCACAGUCUUCUUUUGAGGAGUUUAGCACAACAAUAUAUUCAUUUUAAUGUCUAUAGUUUAGUUUUUAUUAAACGAUGAGAAAAUAGAGAACAUUUCUAAUUCCAUUAUGUCUGUGUAAAGCAGCUCAGAUUGAAACAGUAGCAAGGCACGUACUGCAGAAAAAUCAGCAAUAUACAAAGCCUGCCGAAGCCAAGAUAAUGUUAAGCGAUUCAAGGUCUUUUUGCUAUGAAUGUUAAUGUCCAGCUUAUUGGCCUCUAGUGCAAGUACAAAAAUGAAAAUUAAGAACAAACAUAUUUUUGUGCUAAACUUUUAAAUAAAUAUCAAUCAAUCUAAACGCAUGGUGUUAUCUUAAGCUUGGCAAUAUUCUAACUCAUCACUGAUGUUUUAAGUGCAAAGAACUGCAGCAAAUAAUUUAUUUAGAUCAAUACACAAUACGCAUCUUAUUGUCCUCAGGAAAUAAAUUUAAUUUUUAUUUUCAGUUCUAACAGAUUCUCUGGCAAAGUCUGUAGGUAGCUAGUGUUACAAAGUGGUUAAUAUAUUGAGCAUCUACUGGUGUAAUUAUUAAAGAAUCACAUUUAAAAAAAUUAUACAGGACAGAGUGGUGUGGUUCAUAAAUGUAGCCAGUUGAACAUUUUUAAAAUAUUUAAUUUCAGUUGGCCGCUUAAACACUUGUAGCCAUUGGAUUCUAUAUUUAUGUUUUAUUGCCAUAAAGAGGGUGAUAUCCUGGCAUGCCAUUGGACAGAAUUUGCAUCUCAACUUUUGGUUUUUUGCAGUUUAAAAAGAAACUGUGUAUCCAAAGAGAUGUUUACAAUGAAGCAAAAAGUGCUUCAAAUAAUUAACUCUGCUUUAAAAGGGAAAAACGAAACAUACUUGAAAGAUUAAAUAUUUAAAAAUAAUUCAUACAAUUGUUUCCAUAGUUAGAAAAAGAAAUAUUUUCCCAGUAGCUUGGUGCAUUGAUGAGUAUUUUGUUUCCUUAAUCAUACAAUACAUCAGCCAUAUUUUGCUUUCUCUUACUAGAAGAUUCAACUUAUUGUUUUAUAGCUUCUUAAAGUUUAAAAUACUUUCCUUUUUUUUCAAAUGCUAUCUCCUGAAAAAGUAGCAUAGAAAAUAAAGCAAGCUAAAAAGAGGCUACAGUAUAUAACCAAAAAUUAAAACAUGAAAAGUUCUAUUUGGUCAUACAAGCUUUGGAAUCAAUACUGUAAAAAUAAAAAAGCUUGUGAAAAGACAGUUAUCCAAAUUCCAGUGAUGACACAGGGAAGAGAAAACAUCAGAAGUUUGCAUAUCUGAAGAAUUGGUUAAUGGAUGCAAAAUAAUAUGGUGCUCUGGGUGUGGGUGGGUUGUUUUGCUUGGUUGGAAUUUUUUUGGAUGCUGCUGUUCUGAUGACCUUCUAGUAGCUUAACUAGCGCCUGGACAGUAGUGUUUGUAUGUCUUCCAUUUGGUAUGCAUAUAUUUCUACUAUAUAUACUUUUAAAUUAUGGAUUUUUCAUUUUUUUUAUGAAUAGUCUGUCUUUCAGAUUUUAGUGAAAGAAUUAUAUAAUCACGGGUUACUUCUGGUACUUGGUCUCCUUUUGUGUACCUAUUCUAAUGUAAUUGCAAAGAUCAAAUUGCAUAUUCUCGCUAGUCAAUGGGACAGCUUUUAUGAGGCAAAGUAACAGGAUUUAUCCCAUGCUUUGUGUUUAUGAAGAGAAACUGAUGCACAGCUAGAUAGCCUCAGCUCCUAUCUUUGUACUUCAGGAAUUAUCAUUUUGUUUUGCUGUGUGUAAGCCAUAUCCAUUGUACACUGUGUGUAUAUUUUUAUUUAAAUAAAUGUGACUUUUAUUUUUUAUGUUUCA